UUUCGGUGGAGCUGAUCCUCCCAGAAUUUUUCAGAAUUUGUGGCGGUUUAUGGUGUCCGUGGACAAACCCUCCUUCCAAAACUGUGUGUUCAUCCAUCAACAGCUUUCAAUUGAGGCGCAGCGAUGGCGACGCACCUUCAAAGUUCCACUAAAAUGGCCCUUCACGCCCCUGUUCUUGUAGAGCUCAGACUUAGUUCGCCACGAAGUGAGUUUAAAACCACAUAAAAGAUAUCAGAAUGCUAGAUCUGUGGUUUCUUGUGCUAUGAAUAUGACUGCAGGACAACCAGACGAUUCAGGAAGGGUAAGAUGGGAUAGUUUGAAGGACAGGGUAAAAAAGCUUUGGGAAAGCUCACCAGAGCCAGUGAAACGCUUCCCUUGGAAUGAGGCAUUGGAUAAUUUCAUCCAGCUUAUAGCUGAUCUCGGUUUGACGGUUAUCAAAUACGUGUGUGUACCGUUACUCGUCGUUACCUCCCUCAGCGAGACGUCCUACUGUGCGCAUCAAAAGAAGCUUCUUAUCGUCCCGUUUCCGCUUAUAAUCGGCUUCUCCGUUGCUAAGGUCAUGGGACAGACAGCUUUGAGUCUAUCUCCAAUUCUUAAGAACUCUAUGGUCUUCGUUUCUCUGGUUUCGAAGACCUCGAAAGACAUCGAUGCUGCUGAAGCACAACAAGAAGGCGUAGAGAACAUUGGACCAGGUAUUACUUUACUACUAGCAAUCGACUCGAUGCUUUUUAGAAACUAAUUUCAUUUUUCAUACCUCCAUGUGAGUAGUUAUGACUCGGGUGCCUCGAUACGAAGGUCGAACUUAAGAGUAGCUUUUUUAUAGGAUUGUUAUAAAAAAUGUUAUUAGGGUAUUAAGGGUAUGGUAAUAAUUGGUUAGGGAUGUUAUGGGGAGAAAGGGUAAAGUUAGGAGUCGAUUUAGUUGGCUUAGGCUCGAGCGUUCUCAAGAACGGGAGAGUCCAAGUACCAAGAAUUAUUUGGCUUCUCUUGUAGUUUUUUACUUCUUAUUUCUUGAGUUUGAUGACAUAUAGAGGUCGGGGAUUCAAACCUCUGACCUCUUGACUGAAAGUAUACCCCUUGACCAAUUGAGCUUAGCUCGAGUUGUAUAUGUCGAUAUCAUCUUAGUUCUAUCUGGUUCUCGUCUCUCGUGUUGGUAGCUGGGUAACUUAUGGACUUGUUUUCGAUCAAUUAUCCUUGUUUUUGUGCAGAUUACGUUGCAGACUUCACCAAAAUGAAGUGAUCGAUCGAGCGGAUGAACUGGUCGAUAGGUUCUUAUAGCACGCUCCGAGAUAAGCAUUAAAUGAAGUCUAAAGAAUUGUGUAUGUUCGAGAACAAUCAAAAUUUUCAAAAUAAUUUCACCAUAAUUCAUAUUACCAAAUUACCCCCAAAAUAUUGUUGAAUAUCUGUAUUAUCUUCUUGCCUCUAGUUUGAGAUUCCGUCUAUUUUAGUC